ACGAGAGAAAAUAAACGAAUAGUCAUCGACUCAUCGUCAAAUCCCUUUUCUAACGCAAACACAAAAACAAAAAUUCUCUAAGUACCAAUAUUAUUAUCUCUCCUUUUCUCUCCUCCGCAAACAAAUCUCUCUCUGAAAUUUAUUUUUUAGCCGGAAACCAUCGUUUCCGGCUAUCAUCCCUCCACCAACAAUGGUGUCUCCUGAGAACUCAAAUUGGUUCACGGUCUUGGAUUAUGCUUCGUUCGAUGACAUUUCAGUUCCCGGAGGCGAUUUUCCGGCACCGACUACUGAAGUUCCUUGGACUUCUCAGACCUUAAAUGUCUCCAACCCUAGUGUCAGUUUGGAUUUUGAUGGCUCCUUUGGAGAUUCGGAUGUUUUUAAAGAAACAGGCUCGCGGAAAAGAGUGAGGUCAGAAACAAGCAGUACAUCUGGUUCAAAAGCAUGUAGGGAGAAAAUGCGGAGGGAUAGGCUAAAUGAAAGAUUCCUAGAGUUGGGUUCUAUUCUGGACCCUGGAAGGCCCCCCAAGAUGGAUAAAGCUGCCAUAUUGAGUGACGCUGUUCGAAUGGUGACUCAGUUGCGUAGUGAAUCGCAGAAGCUUAAGGAGUCAAAUGAGAAUCUUCAAGAAAAACUAAAAGAUUUGAAGGUUGAGAAGAAUGAGCUUCGGGAUGAGAAACAGAGGUUGAAAACAGAGAAAGAGAAGCUAGAACAGCAAGUUAAAGACGUGAGCACCCAACCUAGUUUCAUCCCUCAUCCUGCUGCAAUGCCUGCUGGAAUGCCUGCAGCAUUUGCCGCUCAAAGCCAAGCUGCUGGCAACAAAAUGAUGCCAUUCAUGGGCUACCAGGGUGUUGCCAUGCCCAUGUGGCAAUUUAUGCCAGCUGCUGCUCGUGAUACGUCACAGGAUCAUGUUCUUCGACCCCCAGUUGCUUAAAUUAGCAGACAGACUACAACAAUGGAGUCUGACUUUUCUCUUUCGCGGUCAUUAUUUAUUUUGUAUCUGUUAUGCUCCUUGUUUAUGUUGACGAAAUUCAGAAAGACUGGAUAAGUAAAUCACUGAUAUCUAGGGAAACUGAGAACCCUUAUGGAGUUGUUUCUGAUCAUUUGUAAAUUCCAAUAAGCAAACUUGGUAAAUUUUGUUUUUCUGUUAUCCUUCUUUCCUCUUUUAGUUGA